AUGCUAGACUUGAAGUCUCGCGUCCGUGACGCGGAACCCAAUUCCUCCACAUCCGCAUCCCCCACGAUCCGCCCUCCCACAGCUACCUCGACUACCUCCACCAUUCCGAUCACCCCGAUCACCCCUCGCGCAUUCGACCCCCAUGCCUCGCUGGUGCUCGUAGGCAUUCGUGGCUGUGGUAAGCGCUCACUUGGAUUCGUCGCCGCCACAGCCCUGAAACGUCGGUUCAUCACCGAAGAUCACUACUUCCGCGAGGCGACAGGCGUCACCCGACAUGAAUACCUCAAACAAUAUGGCAGCCAGGAGUUUCAGCGCAGAGAUAUCGAGGUGCUCAAAUUGAUGCUGGACAAUCAUAGGACCGGCUGUGUCAUUGAGUGCGGACUCGGGAGUCUUACGCGCCCGGUUCAGGACUAUCUUCGCCUCUAUUCUCAGACAAACCCUGUCGUGCAUCUCGUCCGCGAUAUCGACCGCAUACAACAACUCCUCGGGUUAGAAGACCAGUCGGUUCGGCUUCUGCGCGAGGGUGAUCCACUUCACCGCACUUGCUCCAAUUUCGAGUUCUAUAAUGUGGAGGACCGGACGCGUGUCGGAUCUGAUGAUGGUACUCCAGACCCACGAUCUGCUGCUUAUUCGUUUAAGCUGCAGGAAGUCAAAGAAGACUUCACCCGUUUUGUUCGCUUUGUCACGGGUGUCGAUGUAAAUCAUUCGAGUUAUGAUUCGCCAUUUGUCUUGCUAGAGACACCCCCGGAACUUCGGUCGUAUACGCAUGCCAUUUUUAUCCGCUCAUCCGACCUCAUCGCCGAUAAUGUCAAUCUCCCAGAGCUGGAAUCGGGAGGUGAUGCCAUUGAACUCUGCGUCGACCGCUGGGGCUCCGAUAUGCCGAAUGUGAUCAGCAAACAGGUCUCGAUCUUACGACGUAAUGCGCAGGCUCCUGUGAUCCUUUCGGUAGACACAUCUCGCACAGAGAUCGGCGCGGCAGAUGUGCCAGACUCGCAGUACUUUGACAUACUGGAACAUGGACUGCGACUAGGUGUCGAAUACCUGGUCAUCGACCUCGAACAGAACCCGACCCGACUCACUGAAGUGAUCCGGGCCCGAGGAAAAACGAAGAUCAUUGGCCAGCGGGUGUUUGAGCCAUCUUCAAAUAUCAAGUGGGAGGAUGAGGAGUGCGUACACUCCUACCAAAAAGCAGAAAAGAUGAACUGCCAGCUAGUCCGAUUCCUGCGUGUAGCAACCUCACGCGAGGACAACGCGACAGUCCUAGAAUUCACUAAUCGCAUUCGGUCAAUGCCAGGCGAACAUCCUCCCCUCAUUGCUUAUAAUAUCGGUCGCCUUGGACGAACAUCACAAGUCUUUAAUUCGAUUCUGACCAGCGUGACCCAUCCAGCCAUCACCCGACCGGAGGAGAACGAGCGGGAUGCGCAGAUUACAUCGCGAGACGCCGUUCGCGCGCUUUUCCAGAGCUACGUACUAGACCCGUUGCAAUUUUGCAUUCUGGGCGCAAAUGUGGCAUAUAGUUUAUCGCCUGCUAUGCAUAAUGCAGCCAUCCAACAUUGUGGAAUGAGCCAUCAAUAUAGCAUCCCCGACUCCCCGUCCCUUGCUAUACUGGAUCGCCUUCGUAAGGAUCCCCAAUUUGGAGGUUCUAGUGUUGUUCAGCCUUGGCGAGUUGACACCUACCACAAACUUGCUGCGAAGAGUCAACACGCCGAGGCCAUCGGUGCUAUCAACACGAUCAUGCCCUUACGAGGUUCCUCGGACGGCACCAUCUACCCGCUUCGAGAGCAAGCCAGCCGACGGAACCAGGCUGGCCCGGUGCUCGGAUGGUAUGGAGAGAAUACUGAUUGGGUGGGAAUCAUGACUUGUAUCACCCGGCACCUCUCCCCGCGUAACGCAAUUAGUGCCAAAACCACAGGCUUGGUUAUCGGUGCGGGUGGCAUGGCCCGCUCAGCCAUCUAUGCUAUGCUCCGACUUGGCUGCCGGAAGAUCUUCAUCUAUAACCGAACGGAGUCUCGAGCUGACGAGGUGGCAAGACACUUCAACUCAUGGGCUUCGUCCCAGGUUGAUUCUGCUGAUGUGGUGCGAGUCUUACGUUCCACCCUGGAUGACUGGCCAGACGAUGCCAAUCCACCCAGCCUCAUUGCAUCUUGUGUGCCAGCUGAUCCAGAUCGAGAUGAGAGCCCCGGCGAACUUCGAGAUGCCUCUUCAAUGGCUGGGAAGUCCGACCGGGGGUGUUGUUCUAGAAGUAAGUCAUUGCCUGGGGUCCCGAUUCUGAACAAUUAUUGUACUAACCCAACCGCCUCCAGUUGGCGUAUAAACCACUAG